AUGGGGAUUAUGUGGAUGGGUUUUCUGAAAUUGCUGGUGUUAGCUAUGACAGUGUUUGAGGUUUGGAGAGCUAUGGGUGCUGAUGAGGUUCAAUGCAUAGAGAAGGAGAGGGAAGCCUUACUUCGCUUUAAGGCUGCUUAUGGGAAUGAUUCUUCCCUUGUCAGAUGGUCUUCAUGGGGUAGCAAGCAGCACAAGACAGAUUGCUGUGAAUGGGAGGGAGUUUUCUGCGACAACCAAACUGGCCAUGUCAUCAAGCUCCAUCUUCCUGGUGAUUUUCCACUGUUCCCCUUGAAAGGUGAGAUCGAUGCAUCAUUGGUGGAGUUACAAUACUUGAUGUAUUUGAACCUUAGUUCCAAUAAUUUUGAAGAUAGCUCCAUCCCCGAAUUCCUUGCCUCUCUACGGCACUUGAGAUACCUUGAUCUCCACAAUUGCGGUUUAACUGGAGGAAAUAUUCCAACUCAACUUGGGCUUCUUUCACAUCUACAAUAUCUUGACCUCUCGUGGAAUUUGGCUGAAGGAACAAUACCUCAUCAACUUGGAAACCUCUCGCAAUUGAGGUAUCUUGAUCUCUCAGGCAAUUCCUAUCGAGGAGCAAUACCUCGUCAACUUGGAAAUCUCGUGCAGCUGCAGCAUGUUGAUCUUUCGCUAAAUAGUCUUAGAGGAGUAAUACCUUAUCAACUUGGAAAUCUCUCACAAUUGCAGUAUCUUGAUCUCUCAUAUAAUCCUCUUAGCGGAGUAAUACCUUAUCAACUUGGGAACCUUUCCAACUUGCAGAAUCUUCUUCUACGCUUUGCAGGUACUCUCCAGAUUGAUGGAGAAAAUGGUGCUGCUGAAUAUGAGUGGCUGUCUAGUCUUACUUCUUUGACCCGUCUAGAGCUGGGAAAUGUGACUGAUCUUAAAUAUUCUCACAAGUGGUUGCAGAUGAUUGCAAAGCUUCCCAACUUGAAUGAGCUAACUAUAAUGUCCACUGAUCUUUCAGAUGAGUAUAUCCUCUCCUUACCCUCUUUAAAAUUCAAUUCAUCUUCUUCUCUUUCUACAUUGGAUUUCACGGGGAAUAAUUUCAAGUCAUCUGCAGUAUUCCAUUGGAUCUUAAAUAUCAGCACCAACCUGCUUGAUCUUAGUCUUUCUUCCAACCACCUGAAAGGUCCAAUCCCUUAUGAAUUUGCUAGUACCUUGAAUUCUCUUGAGAAUCUAGACCUUAGUUAUAACGAAAUCACCGGCACAUUGGUAAACCUUUCCACAUUCUCAUCUUUAAAGAAUUUUGACAUUUCAACAAACUUGUUGAAUGGGACAAUACCCAAAGAUAUUCGGUUUCCCUCCUCACUGGUGUCUUUGGAUAUUAGUUCCAACUCCUUAAAAGGCAUUCUCACAGACUCACAUCUUGCCAAUAUGCACAACUUGAAAGUUUUAGACCUAUCUGAUAACUCAUUGACUUUGAGAUUCAGUUAUAAUUGGGUCCCGCCAUUUCAAUUACAAGCCAUCUAUGUGAGGUCAUGCAAGUUGGGUCCUGAUUUUCCGAAGUGGUUGCAAACUCAAAAUAAUUUCACAGAACUUGACAUCUCAAAUGCUGGAAUUACAGGCACAAUUCCACAGUGGUUUUGGGAUUUGUUGACACCAGAGCUUAUAAACUUGAAUGUUUCAUGCAACAACAUUUCUGGUGCAUUGCCAAAUGUUGCCAUUGAAUUUGGUGAAUACCCUAUUAUAUCUCUAGCUUCGAAUCACUUCGAAGGCUCACUUCCAAAAUUUUUACAAAAUACCAUGGCCCUUGAUGUGUCAAAUAAUAGUUUUUCAGAACUUCACACAUUUUUGUGUGCAAACGGGUCAAGUCAAAUAUUAGAGACAUUAGACCUUUCUGAUAAUCAAUUAUAUGGACAGCUUCCUAAUUGUUGGAGUCGUUUCAAGUCAUUAAUAUUUUUAGACUUGAGUAACAAUAAUUUCUCCAGAGAAUUUCCUAUUUCUGUUGGUUCUCUUCAAAGUCUUGAAAUAUUAAUCUUGAGAAACAAUGGAUUUACCGGAGAAUUGCUCACUACUUUGAGAAGUUGCUCAAAUUUAGCACUUCUUGAUGCGGCAGAAAACAAGUUCUUUGGACAUAUACCUUCACGGAUUGAGAAUGAUGGAUUGCAAAAGUUGAAAAUUUUAGUCUUACGAAAUAAUAACAUUUCUGGAAGCUUGUCCACCCAUCUUUGUUAUUUAUCAAACCUUCAGUUUUUGGACCUAUCUUUGAACAUUCUAUCUGGACAAAUUCCCAAAUGCUUCAAAAAAUUCACACAAAUGGCUCUAGAGUAUUUUGAUGGUCUUGGAGGGUUUUCAAAGAGUUAUUAUCUUGGAAGAAGUUCUUUUUCAUUUGAUCCAGUUGCAGUGCUGAUGUGGAAACACCAACAACGUAUAUUUAGGCAUGAAAUAUUGGUUACAGGCAUUGAUCUCUCAGGCAACAAGUUAAGUGGAAAAAUUCCACAGGAAAUAGGAAUGUUAACUGGGCUGAGAUCAUUGAAUUUAUCAAGAAAUCAAUUAGAUGGAGAAAUUCCUUCAGAGAUUGGACGUUUAACAUCAUUAGAGUCUCUUGAUUUGUCCAAAAACCAUCUCUUUGGUUCAAUUCCGUCUAGUUUUGCUCAACUUAAUUAUCUUGAAGUGUUAGACUUGUCCCAUAACGCCCUUACUGGAAAAAUUCCAACUAGCACACAAUUGCAGAGUUUUGAUGACUCGAGCUAUGAAAAAAAUCUUGGCCUAUGUGGAAAACCGCUUCAGAUAAAGUGUCCUGGGGAGGAACAACCUCAAGAAUCAGUUAAACUCCAAGAAAAUAAUGAUUCAAUUAUCUCUAAAGAGUUUUACUGGAGCAUGGCGUUUGGAUUCAUCAUUGGAUUUUGGGGAAUUUUUGGGUCAGUACUUUUUAAGCGCUCCUGGAGGCAUGCAUACUUCAAGUUCCUCAACAACUUGGCUGAUUCUAUCUAUGUUAUGGUUGUACUGAAUGUAACAAAGUGCAAUAGAUGGUUCAGAGGAGAAACUACAGUAAACAUCUUCAAGCUCAAAGGUGGGGCCACAUGCAGAGCAGGAGACACGAUGGGUUAA